AUGCUGCGAAACGUUGGCUCAACUCAACGCGCUUUCCUUGACUGUCCACCAAACAAGGUCGCUACCCGGGUAAUAGUCCAGUUUAGACAUGGAGUUCGACCUCCCGCUUUGCCUGGGAAGCUCUACGACGCAAAGACCUACUCGCUUGGUCAGUUGGUCAAGCUCACAACCAAGAAGCGGCAGGAACCUUGGGCAACCCCGAUCUUCCAGAGGCCUCAUAACUGGUCAAAGUCGACAUCCUCGCAUCGCGCCUCCCCGCGCUAUAUCCCUAGACUAGGUGAGCCUUCCUUUUCCCUUUCCUGUCUGCUCCCAAAUGGCUUCCAUCCCCAUAUGAGGGUUUCUGGUGAACAUAAAGGACGUUCCUGUAGUUUUCUUCUCGACUGUGGUGCAACUAAGUCAAUUGUGAACCUCCAGGCCUUCCCUAUCCUUUGUAACAAGGUUGAGUUCCUCUCCCCUUCUGCAAAAUUGCGUUCAACAGAAGAAAUUGCCUGGGACGUGAUACUUGGUGCCGAUUUCCUAAGCAACACCAAAGCCGUCCUAAAUUUUGCAGAAGGCACCUUUUCCACUCACGAAGCCACCGGGGUUAACACAGAUACCUCUCCACCGAAAGACGACGCAGAUGACAUCUGCAACGCCCUUUUUGAAACUCCAGCCAUUCCCAUGAGCAAUCUAGAUGACCUUUGUGUCGAGCUGACUCACAUUCCCAACGACGAGAGAAAAGAACUCCGUCAGCCCCUUCUUAAGUAUGCGAACAUCUUCUCAUGGCAAGGUGCAAGCAUAAGAUUAGUACCGGUGAAGCUAGGCCCAUCUAACAGCCACCCAGACGUAUCUCACCUCCUUUGA